GCAGGCAGCGACGGGGCACACCGCAGACGAAGAGUAUUUAUGUCGUUGAUUUGAUUUAUUUAGCUGAGAUUGCUCUAAUUCACUUAAAAACAUCACUAGAAAACCUUAAUUCGCGGUAUCGGUAUACCGAGCAAAUGCCGCCCAAAGUGGAUAAACAUCCCGUCGAUGUUGUUGACAUCGCUACCAGCGACGAUGAAGAUGGUCCCCGAAUCGCUUCCGCGAAGAAAGGAUCCUCAAGCGCACCGCCGUCAGCGCAAAGAAGACCGACCUCAGUGGCACCCCCGACGACGACGACAGUACCGACCAAUGAAACCCUAGAGUGCCGAAGUUUCUGGAAGGCAGGGGGUUAUGCUGUCUCUGUCGCCACAAGACCCACUGUCGACCAAGGGAAUUUGGAGCAUGCUCGAGUUCAUCCUAAGUUUCUUCACUCUAAUGCAACCUCGCAUAAGUGGGCUUUUGGAGCAAUUGCUGAGCUCUUGGAUAAUGCUGUUGACGAGGUAGCGUCUUGCUGACUUGUUAUUUUUGUUGAAUUUCAAUUGAGAAGUAUGUACUUGUUAUCUAGAACUGACAUGGUUGAAUUGGUUCCCUUUUUCAUUUUUAAUGUUGCAAGUGAUGCUUAGCUCCGGUCAGCAUGUUGCUUGCAAAUUGCUAAUGUAAACGAGUCUAGUAUUUCUUUUCAUUUUGUAUCAUAAAGGAUCGUUUCGAAUGUUGAGGUUGCUGCUGUUGGCGCAUGCAUUUGCUGAAAACAAAAAUUAAAUGUACCUUGGGGAUGUUUUGGUGCAUGUUCUCUCAGUUGUUGAAAGGACUAAGGUGGUUUAGUGAGCAUAAGCUAAAACUUUAAAGUGUACUUUGAGGACCUCUCUCUAUAUCAGAUUAUUUUGUUCUGCUACAUUUCCAUCCAAAAUAAUUAGGGAUUUUGGUUUUUAUUCUGGGAAGAAGGGCGAUAUUCUUUUGGUAAUUUGGUUCAACUGUUUUUUUAUGUUUGCUUCUGUUAUCAGAUACACCAUGGUGCAACUUUUGUAAAGGUUGAUAAAAUUGAUAUUGUGAAGGAUAAUUCUCCAGCUUUACUUUUCCAAGGAAGGGUAUCUGUCUUUGU